AUGCUUUUGCAAAAAAAAAAAAGAAGACUCCAAGUAGGUGGGACUUUGGGCCAUCUGAGUGAUAAAAACCCUUAGUUUCCUGGUUUACGCUGUCUUUUGGCUGACGUACAGAUUGCACCGUCAUCGACACAGCUCUCUAUUCAUCUCACUAUGGCAGCGAUUGGAAAACGCGGAACAGUGACGGAGGCAGCUGGAUUCGACCCAGAGGCAGACGCCCAGAAACUUCGCGGAGCUAUGAAGGGAGCUGGCACCGAUGAGGCUGUCGUCGUUGAGGUACUAGCGCACCGCACUAUCGCCCAGAGGCAGCGUAUCAAGGAAGCCUUCAAACAGGCGGUGGGGAAGGACCUGGCCGACGAGCUGUCCUCGGAGCUGAGCGGGAACUUCCGGAGCGUGGUGCUGGGUCUGCUCAUGCUGGCGCCUGUGUACGACGCCUACGAGCUGCAAACCUCCAUAAAGGGAGCUGGAACAGAGGAGGCGUGCCUGAUCGAUAUUCUGGCUUCCAGGUCUAAUGCUGAAAUCCAAACAAUUAAUGCAGCCUACAAGAAACAACAUGGCAAGAACCUGGAGGAGGACGUGUGUGGAGACACGUCAGGAAUGUUCCAGAGAGUUUUGGUCUCUUUACUCACGGCUGGACGUGAUGAAAGCGACAAAGUGAACGAGGCCCUAGUGUUGCAGGAUGCCAAGGAAAUCUACGAGGCAGGCGAGGCUCGAUGGGGCACGGACGAGGUGAAAUUCCUGACCGUACUCUGUGUCAGGAACAAGAAGCAUCUGUUACGAGUGUUCGAAGAGUACCAAAAAAUUUCCGGGAAAGACAUUGAGGAGAGCAUCAAGAGGGAAAUGUCAGGUUGCCUGGAGGAUGUCUUCCUGGCCAUAGUGAAAUGUAUCAGGAACAAACACGCCUUCUUUGCCGAACGUCUGUACAAAUCAAUGAAGGGUCUGGGCACCACCGACAGUGUGCUCAUAAGGAUCAUGGUGUCGAGGGCCGAGAUUGACAUGUUGGACAUCAAGGCGCAGUUCCUGAAGAUGUACGGCAAGUCUCUACAUUCAUUCAUUAAGGGAGACACGUCUGGUGACUACCGCAAAAUCCUUCUGGAACUGUGUGGAGGAGAGUGAAAAGAAACACCACAGAGAGGAAGAUCAGCCAUCCACGUUGUUCCACGUCGUGCAUGACUCUCACUUUCCUCCCCAUCAUCUCCUACGGCCUUUACAUUUCUCAACUUCAACUGACCACCGUGCCUUGUUUUACUGUACCUAAGACCGAUUAAACCAAAGACCAGUGACCUUUUACACAUGUCCGUGUUUUUCUUCUCUUAAAGGAUAUACGAACUAUGCGCCUCCGCAUCUUCACUGACGGAAAAGACAAAUGUGAUCGGCUUCUUGUCUCGUUACCGCCCAUUCAAGUCCAUUUGUUUAAUUGAAGUCAUUCUUCAUUGGUUGAGUCAGCCUCUCAAUUACAUUAACAGGAGCCUAGCCACAAUUUUCAACAGUAAAGUGUACUCUAAUUAAGUUAAGGACGAGGUCCCUAGCCGGGAGUUGUCAGGGAAACACGGUGUAGCCAUUGUUGCUUUAUCAACUGCGAGGCAUUAACACAACUGGAAAGAAAAAAAAAACUAUAUUGCCAUCUUUGUUGACAUAGUGCACAACUCGAUGUCUCAUUAUGGUGGCUUAAAACGAAAUGACUCAUAGGCAACCUUGCCAGUUAAUGACUUUGCAACCUGUAUCACCGUGAUGCUUUAUAAAAGAAAACAAUGACCCUAUUCAAUAUGGGAAAAUAAAAUCCUCCAGCAAUC